CCGGAAGCGGGCGGGUGAGGGGUCGCGCGGCGGGUUGCGUUCUGGGUGUCGGCGGCGGCGGCGCAGGUCCCCUUCUGCAGCCGCUCAGCGGGUCCGGGCCCGAGAUGGAGAGCGCGAGCCAGGAUAUCAACCUUAACUCUCCCAACAAAGGUCUGUUGUCGGAUACCAUGACAGACGUACCUGUGGAUAAUACUGCUAGUGCAAGGACCUCUGCACCUGAGGGGCUGACUGAUGCUGAGGAAGAGGAGUUAAGAUUGGAGCUUGCCAAGGUGGAAGAGGAAAUUGGUACCUUGCGUCAGGUAUUGGCUGCCAAAGAGAGGCACUGUGGAGAACUGAAGAGAAAACUGGGUUUGACCACUUUUGAUGGGCUGAAGCAGAACCUGUCGAAGAGCUGGCAUGAUGUCCAAGGCUCCAAUGCUUAUAUGAAAACAUCUGAGAAACUUGGAGAAUGGAAUGAGAAAGUGACACAGUCUGAACUAUAUCUUUCAGCCAGCAGCACACUGGAGGACUGGAAUGAAAAAUUAACCCAAUCAGAAGCUUAUAAGAAGACUCAGGAAACCCUGUCCCAGGCAGGACAGAAAACUUCAGCUGCCCUUUCCAACGUGGGCUCUGUUAUCAGCAGGAAACUUGGUGACAUGAGGAACUCUACAACCUUCAAGUCAUUUGAAGACCGAGUUGGAACCAUAAAGUCCAAAGUGGUGGGCGGCAGGGAGAACAGCACUGACCCCCACUCCCCCACAGGAUCUGGCGACAAGCCCCCCCAGGACAACGCUCCUUUCUAAUCCCUCGGUGUGGCUUUUUGCACGGCUGUGCACAACGGCAGGAGCCCCACUAGUUCUUCACAACAGCAAGUGUGCAAAUAAAGGAAGGGGGCAGUUCCCAUUCUGAAGAGAAGUAUCCAUACAUCCAUACACAGACAUUGCUGCUGGAGUCAAGUAAAAUAAAAACAAUGUUUUGUACACAAAUAUUUUACACUAAAGUUUGUAGAUGAAAUGUAUCACUGUGCUGUCCUUUUGGGAGAGCAGGUAAAAUGGAGUUUACUCAGCCUAGUCCAGAAAUAGAAUUUCUUAUGCCAAACAUGUGCAUUUCUCACUCCGUGAUAAGCUGCUUGAGUAGGCAAGAUUGUUUCUUUAGGCAUGGUGGGAAGAGCAAAUAUGGAAGAAGCCAACUGCAUGGGAAACACAAAUCUUCAAUUUCUGGCGACAGCCCUCUGUUCUAAAUUAUUUAUGAAGAGAAGUAGUUCCUAGUCUCCCAUCACUGCUCUCUCCCACUACCACAGAGGUGCAGGGCCAGAGAGGCAUUGAAAAUCUUCUCUCUCGUUAAUAUGGGAAUGGAGUAAACAGUCAUUUUCUCUGGGCUCCCAAAAAGGAAACUGUAUAGCAGCUGCCUAGUUGUUACACUAACGCUCUAGCUUUAACAGAACUAAAAUCUUUAUUUUUAAAUGUAACGAACUUCAAAAAUAAAAGCUAAGUGAGAGAGCUUUAGCAUCAUAUAGGGAAAUAAUACCUUGGACUCUGAAGCUGAAUCGCAAGCCUUACAUCACCUUAUGCUUUAUUUGUUUAUAAUCUUUUUAUAUAGAGAGAAAUGUGAGGGUUACAAAGUUGGGGUUGGAGCACUAGAGUUUUGCAUCAUACGAUAGUAGCAGCAUGCCUAUGUGCCAGUUAUUGUGUUCAUUUCAAUGUGCACUCUGUUGCCUGAGUGUAUACAACUUGCUUCUCUGUACUUGAGUGUAUGCCUUCGUCGUCCUUUAAGGAAGAAGCUCUGAAGGCAGAUUAGAAAAGGACAAAGCUCUGUCUCUAGCAAUGUGGGCACUGUACUGGAGAAUCCUGUCUCUACCCUGCCACUGUGAAGGUGGUUCAGUUUGGAGGGUCCUAAAUAUGAUAGUACAUUCUCUUGACUAAUAUCUCCACCCAUAAUCUUUGUUUACAGUACUUGCAGAGAAUCCUGGAGACUUAACUUAUUCCUCAAGUGUCUGGAUAUUUUGCUAUUCUGCUGUCCAGCACUAUCACUCAGGAGCCAUAGAAUGAAAGGUUACCUUAUGGUGGCCUGAUCUUAUUCUAGGCAAAGGUGCCUCCACAUAAAAACCUAGAGUGAGCAAUUCUGUGCCUUAGAGGCUAAGUGGGACUUACUCAGGUCUUUAGGUUUGCUUACAUACAUAUCAAAGUAGUUUUUCUGGUUUGAGUUCCUCUAGGAUAAAAUUUUUUUUUGCCCUCUAGAGAAGCAAGUUUUGACAUUUGAAUUUGCUGAUCAUAAACCUCAAUAACCACCCUUGUUCCCACAUUUUGCAGCUGUUGGGGGGGGAUGCAUACUAUGAAAAAUUAGAAGGCAAAUGUGAUAGGAAAUAGGUGGAGUGUAGAGUGUCAUUUACCAGGUUUUAUUGUUUGUGGCUGAAAUUACCCUCAGUGUGGGGGAAACAGUGUCAGUUAAAUGCGGGACUGCUGGAGCGUAGAUAUUGAACUGUUUCUCUCUACAGGUGAAUAUUGAGGAAAUUUGUCAAUAAAGCUUUCCAUUGGGAAACAAAUUAAGUGAA